AUGGAGCUUGGAUUUGCUUUUCAAUUGACUGAAUCUCAAAUUAUAAUUCCUGUUGGUAUUGUGAAUGCAUUUGCUGGAACAACUAUACCAGCAGGUUGGUUAUUGUGUGAUGGAGCCACCUAUCCGAAUAGUCAUCCAGAUUAUAUUCGAUUGUUUCAAACUAUUGGAAAUGCAUAUGGAAGUACAGGAGGACCUCACUCAUUCAAUGUUCCCGACCUCAGGGGAAGAGCAGUUGUUGGAAUUGGUCACGGAGCUGGACUUUCCAAUAGAACUCUAGCUCAAAAAGUUGGAGAAGAAUCUCACCAAUUGCAAAUUAGUGAACUACCAAGUCAUUCACACUCAGGAACCACUGGAAAAGCCAACAAACAACCUUACAUUAUAGUUCAUCAAUCUGGACCAAUUUCUGAUGUUUUCCAUACUCCAGGAUGGUGUGGAGGUCCAGCUACUCAUAAGGAUGACGAUAAUUUUACAGGAGCCAAUCAUACUCACAAUUUCACAACCAAUGAAGUUGGUGGAAAUUCAGCUCAUGAAAAUAUGCAACCAUCAUUGGUUCUUAAUUAUAUUAUUAAAUAUUAAGAAUUACAAAUUUAAUAUUUAUAAAAAUUACUAAUUUUGGAAAUUAUCUUCCAAAAAGAUAAUGCAAAAAAUUGAAUAACCAGCCAAUGAAAUAGUCAAUACAAAUCCCAAUAACCAACUCACAUUCCUCAAAAUUAAUAAAUUCCUCAAAUAGGCAAAUAAAUAAAUAAUUCUCGAUGUUGUAAA